AUGCCAAAAUCUGUUUACAAAAUCUCAGAUGCUGAGAACUUAAAAGUAUGUGUUGUAAUGGUUGGUCUGCCAGCUAGAGGGAAGUCUUUUAUUUCUCAGAAAAUUGUCAGAUUUCUAUCUUGGAUAUCUAUUAAUGCUCGAUCGUUUAAUGUUGGCCAAUACAGAAGAGAUGCCGGCACCUUGGAGCCAAGUUCAGAUUUCUUUGAUUUUGCUAAUGAGGAAAACUAUAAAUUGAGAAAACAGGCUGAAUCAUUUGCUGUUGAGGACAUUUUAAAAUGGUUCAACGAAGAGGAUGGUGUCGUAGCAGUGCUAGAUGCAACCAACACCACUAGAGAAAGAAGGGAUAGAAUUUUGAAAAUAUGUCAAGAUAAUAAUAUAGCACCAAUGUUCCUUGAAAGUUAUUCAGACGAUCAAGACUUUGUAUUAAGAAAUAUUAAAGAAGUAAGAACUGUCUCCCCAGAUUACAAAGAUCUAGAUCCUGAAGAAGCUACAAAAGAUUUUUUGAAAAAAAUUGCUGAAUAUGAAAAGACUUAUGAAACUCUUUCUGAUAAAUUGGAUGGCGAUCUAACUUAUAUGAAAUUGAUUAACGGUGUUCAAGAAGUGAUCGUUAAUAAAAUCCAAACUUAUUUGCAAAGUAGAAUUGCCUUUUAUGUCAUGAAUUUGCAUAUCAAACCACGUUGCAUUUAUCUAUCCAGACAUGGUGAAUCUAUCUAUAAUGUAGAACAAAAAAUUGGUGGUGAUUCUUUAUUAUCUCCAAGAGGUUUAAAGUAUUCCCAAAAAUUACCAGAACUUGUCAGAGAAAGUGCUGGAGAUGUCGAUUUAACAGUAUGGACUUCUACCUUGAAGAGAACUCAGCAAACUGCAGAAUGUCUAUCUUAUAGGAAAUUACAAUGGAAAGCAUUAGAUGAACUUGAUGCCGGUAUUUGUGAUGGUAUGACUUAUGAAGAAAUUGAGAAUAAAUACCCAGAAGACUUUAAAGCUCGUGAUGAAGAUAAAUAUGAAUACAGAUACAGAGGUGGUGAAUCGUAUAGAGAUGUUGUAAUAAGAUUGGAACCUGUUAUUAUGGAAUUAGAAAGACAAGAAAAUAUUCUGAUUAUAACACAUCAAGCCGUAUUGAGAUGCAUAUAUGCAUACUAUAUGAAUGUUCCACAAGAAGAAUCUCCUUGGAUGUCUAUCCCACUUCACACCCUUAUUAAACUGGAGCCAAGAGCAUAUGGUACUAAAGUCACAAGAAUUAAAGCAAAUAUCCCUGCUGUUAGUACCUAUAAAGAAAAAGGAACUAGUCAAGUCGGUGAAUCAGUCACUGUAGGCGGGGGCAUAAGGGAUAUUAUUAAUGAAACGCCAGAAGACAAGUAA